AUGACUACUGCAUCCCUUUUAUCGGACUAUCUGCUCUCGCGGUCAUCACUGGAACAUGCCGUACCGAUGAAGCGAUUCCGUGCUAUAGUGUCUCAAUCGCAAAAAGGCGUGACUCCAGAGCUGGAAGAUACACUCUACAAGACGCUGAGACGUCAACACGAGUCACGGCUGAAAGACGUGGCAGAUUCUAUACGACAUGAGUUACAUGAAAUUGACUCCGAUGAUGGGGCUGAAGCCCAGGUUUCUACUGAAGAAGAGACUUUGGAGAAACUAGUGCGGCAGAUGAAAGUGUUGGACAGUUCUCUGGAUUCGAUGGUGGACAACCUCGAGAUUGAAAUUGCUCAGAGAUUGGUAGACAUGCGUGGAAUCGUUGACUCUCUCGAUAGUUUAGAAACUGAACCGGAUGAGGACAUGAAUGCUACAGUACGCGAAAUCACUGGUAAUAUGAAAGAGAUGGAAUCUGAGAUCAUGGCAGCGUUAGAGUGA